AUGACCACCCUUCCUACUCGCCUCACUGACUUGACUCCCGUCCCACCGGAUGAGAUCUUCGCCCUGGGAGCCGCAUACGCAGUUGAUCCCCACCCGCAAAAGGUCAGCUUAGGCGCAGGUGUCUACCGCACAGAUGAUGGCAAGCCAUGGCCCCUGCCAAGUGUCGAGAAGGCAGAGAGGGAACUUUUGGCCGAGAAUGAUCUGUCGCGACACGAAUACACUGCUAUUGAGGGUGAUGUCCCUUUCCUGCCACUGGCACGAGACUUGAUGUUCGGUUUCAAGGGCGAGGAUAGCGAGGAGGAUGCCAAGGCACGUAUUGCGACUGUCCAGACCGUUGCUGGUACCGGUGCCAACCACCUGGGCGCCCUUUUCCUGAAAGCCCACCUGAAGCCCCGCAGCGUCUGGCUGUCAAAUCCGUCAUGGGCAAACCACUUGUUAAUCUGGGAGUUGGCCGGCGUGCCCCACAAGUCCUACCCCUACUAUAAAGCGGCGACGCGGUCAUUCGACUUUGAGGGCAUGAUGUCGACUUUGGAGUCAGAGGCUCAAGAGGGCGACGCCAUCUUGCUGCACGCCUGUGCGCACAACCCUACCGGUCUGGACCCGAGCAAGGAACAGUGGAUUGCUAUCGCCGAUCUGUGCGAGCGCAAGAAGAUCUUCCCCUUCUUCGACUCCGCCUACCAGGGCUUCGCGUCCGGCUCUCCCGACGAGGAUGCCUGGGCCGUCCGCUACUUCUUUAACAGCAAGCCCGACAUGGAGAUUUGUGUGGCUCAAUCUUUCUCCAAGAACUUUGGUCUUUACGGCCAGCGUGUCGGUGCAUUUCACUGGGUGACUGGCCGCAACGCCACAUCCCUUCGCGACAUCGUCUUCGGCAACCUGUGUCAUUAUAUCCGUGGCGAGUUUUCCAUGGGCCCGCGUGUUGGUACUAGCAUUGUCAAGAAGAUUCUGACCAAUGAUGAUCUGGUUGCCGAGUGGCACGAGGAUUUGCGCGCCAUGAGUUCGCGCAUCAAGGCUAUGCGCACAGCGCUGUAUAACGAGCUUGUCCGCUUGGAGACCCCCGGUACUUGGGAACACAUUAUUGAACAGAACGGAAUGUUCUCCUACACUGGUCUUACUCCUAAGCAAAUCUACCUGCUCAAAGAAAAGUACCACAUUUACCUGAUCAAGUCUGGCCGAGCAUCCAUCAGUGGCUUGAGCAGCAAGAACGUCCUUUACGUGGCCCGGUCUAUCGACGAGGUCGUGCGAAACGUACAGUAA